AUCAUCCUGAAAACCGAAUAGAGAUUUCAGGGUCCAUUUCCCGGCAACCGGGCCCAUUACUUCCCUUAUGCGGCCAGGGAAAGGAAGGAACGUACGAGGGAAGGGAUUGUCGCCGUUCGUUUGCGGAAGGUCAUCGUUUUCGACAAAUUUCCUCCAAAGUCUUCAAAUAGAAUGCAAAUUCUAGUGCCCAGACGCAGUAGGGUGUUGUUCUACAACAUUUCCUUCUUUCAAUCAACAAAUCCUUCAAUUUCAUCAUCUUUUGUGGCUUAUUUUCGAUCUACUCCUACUUUCUUCGAGAAAUGGGAAAACAAAUGGAACAAUUCGUCGGAUUUCAAAGGUCCUCAACCAUCUAAGACAUAUAUCAAAUACAAAACACGUCAAAAACGUGCAGAUGCGAAGAAAGCUCUGAACGAUCUCUUCUUCAGAAGUGGCUCCUCCAAAUUUACACUUGAGGGCGAAUUCUUGAAGAAGAGGCAAGGAAUGGAAAGAUGGGAUGGAGACUCCACUGAUCGAACAGGUGACAGAAAGAAAAGGGAUCUGUUUAAGUCCUCAGCUCGCCAUACUGGUAAAGCUCAUCAAAAGAGAAACAAAAGCAAGCCCAAAAAAGGAAAUUUGUUUGAAGAAUUUGACGAUGAUCCUGGGAUGCAUUUCCAGGCAACAUAUGGAAAUCGAUGGUAUUCUUGGUCUUUUAAGUCGUGGGAAGAGUCUUUUUCACAAAGUCAAACAAGUGGAUUCGAAUGGAGAGAGGAUUCAAAUGGUACCAAUAGCAGAAGUAAAUGGAGGACGGCAAGUGAUGACGAGUCCGAUGAUGAUAAAUCCUAUGCUAUUGGUUCAUCUUCAGAUAGAAUUACACUUGGGUUGCCGACUAAUGGUCCAUUAAAGAUCGAUGAAGUAAAAAAUGCUUUUCGCCUUUCUGCUCUAAAGUGGCAUCCUGAUAAGCAUCAAGGCCCAUCACAGGCAACGGCCGAAGAGAAAUUCAAAGUUUGCGUAAGUGCAUACAAGUCAUUGUGCAAUGCUCUUUCGACAGCUUAGCCGAGCUGGUUUUUUCCAAAAUACGCUUCGAGCUUCGGAGGGGUGUCGGGCAGAGGUGUAAACUGGCUUGCUUAUUUAAAUAGGUUAUCCUAAAGCUGGUCUUCAAGAUCAUAUAUAUAAUUUUACAUUUUGUUCUCAAAUUUCACAUAAUAUAAUAGUGCUUAACUUGGUAUGGUACUAAA